GCAGAACUAGUUUCUGAAAUCGAUGUCAUUCGUUUUCUAGGUGUAUACAUAUAGAAAUAUCGUUUAAUGCUAAAAGGGAUAUUCAAAACUGAAAAUGAGCUGGUACUUCGGUAGAAAAAUUUUACCGUUAGUCAAAUGUUUCCUAAGCAUAAACAUAAACAAGUGAAAAAAUGGGUUGGAUAGCUGGACCUGAUGACAACGAAAAUGACAGAUUUCCAGUAGACACGUUAGUAAAGGAGCUCAAGGAAACUGUUGGAGAGAUAGACUCUUUUUGUCAAGAUUAUCAUGGUCAGGCAAGGAAAUGUUGCGAUGGAAUUCGGACGUGUUUCGCCACGAUGGAAGAAUCAUUUGCAAGCGUGAAGCUACAGGCUGUCGGCAACCAGAACAUGCACAAAGCAUGCCGAAAAUUGUCCACAGACCUUGGGGCUACUAAGAGUUGUACUGUCUCGUGGAUUAGCAAUUGUCACCGUAACGUGAAUGCAGACCAUCUUGCCAAACCAUUUCACGAUGUUCUUGGUGAUUUACGGACAGCGCUUCAUGGCCAUUGCAACGCUUUACCUCCUGAACGAACCACACAAUGGGCAACGACCACAACAACUACCACAAGAAAAACACCCACAACUACAAAACCUACCUCUACAAGCACAACAUCAUCUUCGUCAGCAGCAACAGAAACAGCAACAACUACUACUACUUCUGCUGCUACAACAACAACAACAACAACAAAACCCACGACUGAAGUCGGAGAAACAUUAACGAAUACUUCACAAAAGACUGUGACUGCUGAUAUUCACACGACAGGCCAGUCAACUCCGUUACACGUGUCUUCAACAUAUGAUCCGGGUAAACCAAGACCCCCGACUGACAGUCAACCUAGCUCAUCAAGUGGCACAUCAGUUGCGACCUCUGUAACAGUCACAUCAACAUCUAGACAAACUCCACACAGUAACGUUUCGUCAAACUUGUUAGCCUCCACAAUAUCCACCACUCCUGUCCUCACUACAAGUUCUAACAAUUCUGAUAUGGCUAGAAGACAGCCCGACUCGGGCACUGAUAGCACCAUUAUAAUUAUUUUUCCUGUGGUUGGAGGGCUUCUGCUACUGUGUGCAAUAAGCCUGUGUAUAUUUAUUUUGUAUAAGAGGAGACAGUCAAAGAACUCAGGCUCCGGUGGUUCCCUCGAGACUGCUGGAAAACCAAAUUUAUUUAAAUGGUUGUUCCCGUCUCAAACGAACGCAGAGUCUGUAAACACGGAAACAGAAAUAUAUGCUGAAAUUGACGAAGCUUUUAUGGAAGCAGUUUAUCGGUACGAUAAAGAAAAACCAAAUGUCAUGCGAGAUCGAAUAAGCUCAAACUCACAAUUCAACAUCUGUUACGAGAGUAAUUUUAACGACGAUGCUAUAAUUGCAGCGAGGGACACGAUUGUGUCCAAAACAAAUUCUACAGAGACAAGCAUUGUGGCGAUGGAACCUCUGAGUCCUUUAGCAUUAAUUCGAAAAGACGAUGACGCAAUUACAUCAUUUCAGAUUGACCAAUCAAAAACCCAGAAAUUACAGGAGAGUCAAAGUAACGGAACUACUUUCAUCAGUGGUCAGAAAGAGUUCCUAACCCGCCGGCCUGGGUUUACAGAUAUUAGGUCGGACUCUUCUGGCGGAGAAUACGUUUAUAUAGAAGCCACACCGAAUGAUGUGUUUGAAGAUGAGCAAAUUUACGCAGUGCCUUCUUUUGAAGAAAGUGAAUAUGAUACCGCCGAAUAUGGCCGGAACCCGCAAAGAGAUAUUUCUCAGGCACCGGAACAAUAUUAUAACUCCUUUCAUGUGUAUAAAAAUGUUGGUAACGCUUCAUUUGACAGUAAUAUUCCCACUGUGCAACAAAACGUGAAGGAAUAUAGGAGAAGUUCCUCAGAUAUUGAAAUCGACAACCAUCUGUAUGAAAAUCCAGACACAUUGAUGGAAUACUGACAGACGACAGUUUAAACCAAUCAAGAUGUGAUAGCUUGAAUUGUUUAUAUUUUUGCAAAUGAUCAAAAGCGUGUAGCAUUAAACCCGCAUCCAUAAAAAUUAAGUUAGAGAUUUAGACAUGCAUGCAAGGCAUAUAUAUAACAUAAAUUAUAACAUGCAAUGUUUAUUUUUCUGUGUAUUUUCGUGCAAUAAUUCUGUUGAAAGAAAAUUUAUUUUAACUGAUCUAAAAAUUUAAAACAUUGCAAAUUAUGAAAUCUGCAUUAUUUAUAACAUCACGUUUUUUAAGCGUUGAAGUUUAUAUACUCUGGUGUAUAAGUCUGUAUGUGCAAUAGUAUUAUCCUGACAGUCCAUAAAGCACACAGAUCGAAAACAGUUGACAUUUAUCAGUGUUGUAAGAUAACAAAAUGUUUUGAAGACAUUCCUUAGCCUUAGAAGAUUUUUUCCACACUCUCCGAUUCAACGGUGUGUUGGGAUGUCCAAACCAAGGUGCUAUUUAAAGUUUAUCGCAAAGAAUAAUACAAACAUGUAAUGGUUUACUGUCAUUUCUUCAAUAGCAACAAAAUUAAAACGGAAAAUGUUUGAAUGACAUUAUGUUCAACUUUUGAAGAACGUUCGGUGGCUUUUGAAGAAAAUUUUGUCUCAUUGAGGCAAGUCUCAUGUACCAAAAAAUCUACAAAACUGUCAUCAAAUAUACUAAUACAAAUACUGGAGGGCCACAACAGCCCAAUACCCCAAAAUGAUAGCACUUACUAAUCUAUCAACGUUAUUCUGUGGUGUGAAAUAUUUGUAAUGUUGUACAUUGAUUAACACACACAAUCUCUGGUUUAACAAAUAUUUUGUUUUAAUAACAAAUUCAAAUCACUUUUGUCAGUAUCUUCAUUUUGUCUCAAUGUCUAAGAAAGCAAGCCGAUUACCGGGACUGCAUUAUCAUUCGUUGGGGACUAAUUUUCGUGGAUUUCAUUUUUUGGUAUCCACGAAAUUAAAUUCGAAGGAAAUACGGAAACUUACCAUUCAGUUUAUGCUAAAAAAGCUGAAAUCCACGAAUUAUUCUCAGGAAACAGCCGUAUUGACCCAAAACCACGAAAAUUCGUGCCAACGAAAUCAAAUGAUUUUAUAGGACUCUACUGACAUUUCAACGAGGAGAAGGAAGUGUACCAUUUCUGAACCACAUAGCGUUUUUUGAGAAAUAAAUCCUGUUUUAAUUUUUUCGGUUACAUACUUUUGAAUAUUCCGCUAAUAUGUAUGCGCGUCCUUGUAUUCACGAGGUGAAACAUUUUCGCACAGCGCUGUGUCUGCGCUUCGUCUUUUCUUAUUAUGGCGGAUUUUGCUCAAUGGAGCUUUUUCCCUUAAUUUCACGUAAUCAGUUGCUGCAGUAAGAUGAUAGAAUUACAUUACGAAAAAAUACGCUAUAGAAUUUGUCAUAGACACUUAGGUCAUAUACCACCACUACAAUUUUGGAUCUCAUUUUUAGUUGAUUUUACAGCGUGUUGACUGAAAAUAUGUUUUUUUUUGCAUUAAACAUGACCCACUUAUCCUUUGUUGUUUUACUCACAUCUCUCUUCUUUCACAGAAAAUGUAAGUUAAAGUCUUUUAGAAAGGGUCCCAUAUGUAGAUACAAUCCUAGAGAUUACUCACUGACUAGAAUAAUAAUCCUACCUUGCAUUUACCUAUACACCUGUAUAACACAAAUUACAAGGAAGAAUGAAGUAACUGUGUGGUUAAAAAGUUUUGUGAUAAGUCACGUUUCAAGGAAAUGUCAUUUUACAUGGUAUAAGUAUUUUUUCUUGUAUUAUAUAUGAUAUGUGAUAUGGUACAACUAACAUUAUAUCUAAGUUUCAGCUUAAAUGGUGCAUCUGAAUUUGAUUUAUUAGACUUAAAACAUUUUCUGAUGUCAAACAAUAUGCAUGUAUCUUAAAACAUUUUCCUCCGCCAUAAUACAGUUAUAAUUGGGGAUUAACUAUUUAUCAAUGCAUCAUCAGAUAUGUAGGACUAUCGACAAGAGCGGCUACAUGGGAAUUAAAUAAGAAUUUUCAGAAAUUCUUAAAACGACAUGCUUAAAAUGAUCAAAUCAUGGUAUUAAAUGUUAUAUAUAGGCAAGUAAUAUGACUUUUUAAUUGUUUUAUAUAAUUUAAAAUUCUAGGUACUAUCUCCAGAAUAAAAAUGGCAAACGUUUUAGUUUGUUCAUGCAAUUUUUUGCGCACGACAGGAUAAAAUAACUACACUUAAUAAAUGAGAUCUAAAAUUUACUCAUGCAGUUGUUUUGAUUUCAUUAUUUGCUUGUGGGCAGUAGGUCAAGGUCACAAUAAACUCAAGACUCUAAAAAUUCAGAUCACUAACUGCAGAACGUUAUGGCUGGUGAUAGUCAAGCCGCUCUAAAAUGAUUGCCGAUCGCCAGUAGAUUGCCCCUGUUAUUUCGAGAAUUAGUAGGUCAGAGGUCACAGUGACCAAAUAUUUUAUCCAACCAAGUACUGAAAAGCAUUUUAGGCUGCAGUCGUCAAACUUCGCAGAAUGAUUGCAUUUGGUCAUUAAAUAAUCCUCAUUAUCUUGAUGGUCAGUAGGUCAAAGGUCAGGGUCAUAAUGACACUGAGAUUUGUUGUCGUUCUCUGAUUCAUAUGGAGUACUGGAACAGAUCAAGGAACACUGGUUAUAUUUACAAAUCGCCAUAUUGUUGUAAAACUGUGUUAAAUCCAAAACAAUCAAAACAAAAUGACCUAAAAAAUUAACUACGAAAUGCUUUAGAAAAGGGGUGUCAGACUUUAGAGCAGAAUGGCCUGUGAUCAGUGAAUUACCUCUAUUGUUUUUGGAGUCAGCAAGUCGAAGGCUGAAGUGACAUCAAGUAUUAAAUGACUUUCUGUAAAUAGUUGGAGGUCACUUUUGCCAAUGGUCAACAAACGCCGAGGUACAAGUGUUUAUGGUCAGUAGAUGGAUCAUUUUACUUUUUGCCUUUACAUACUUUUAUUGUUUCUCGAAAAAAAAUAACAAAGGCCAGAAUAAGCAUUUUGAUGUUUCAGGGUGUUUUUUUUGCUUAGAAUUACAAUGUGCCAACUAGACCAGGCGGAUCCAGGAUUACCUUUUAAGAGAGGUGCCGAAUUUCCAGUUGAGUCCGAGAGCACUAGAAAAUAUUAGGCAAGUAUAUCUAAAAUAUGACAAUUUAACGCAGGUUUGUGCAUUAAUAAUUGUCAUUCAUUAAAUCUAUACAGUAAGAAAAAAAUCUAUAAGAUUUAAAGG